AUACUACCAGACUGCACACCCCUGAUAGACGAGGUCAUCCUUUGGAUACGAUUAUAAAAAACUGGAACAUCUGUUCAUGAGUAUUAUGAUGCUGAAAACCCGAGCCGUGUUGGCAGCGGGCAUAAGUACCUCCCUAGGUACCUAGUGAAGACUGAGAAGUAGAUAGUUGACUAAACUAGGACGAUAUCAUGAGAGUAAACUGUAUAAAUGAAAGAACUAAAGAUAUGCGGUUUUAAUCUUGUCCUGUUCUCAUUCGUCUGGAUUAUGUGCCUAAAAAAUAAAGCAUAUACUAAACCCGAAGCACAGCCGAAUUAUACAACUUUACCGAUGUCGUCAGCACUUGAUAGAAAACUAUUGGAAUUUAAGGAUUCUCCUCACCCAAUGUGACUAGGUAGUUAGACGGACUGCCUAAAAUUGGAUCGACGAAGCGCAAUCGGCAUUGGCCGGCUAAAUUCAACUGCUCCUCGGGCCAUCAUUAUACGACCUACCGAAGACGUUCUCUAGCUUCGAUGUUGAAAUAUACAUAGCUUAUGUUUAAAGGAGAGUCGUCAAUGAGUCUUUUACUCUUCUAAACUUAUCUCGUUUAACUGUCAGUCUGUCUAGAAAGACUACCCACCAUGCCUUUAGUUCGCAAUCCGAUCUUGCCCGGCUUCAAUGCCGACCCGUCAAUACUACGGGUUGGCAGCGACUAUUACAUCGCUACAUCUACCUUUGAAUGGUACCCUGGAGUACAGAUCCACCACUCUAAAGAUCUCGCAAACUGGGAGCUAGUCACGCGCCCCCUGAACCGCAAGUCUCAACUGGAUAUGCGUGGUGAUCCUGAUAGUUGCGGCGUGUGGGCGCCCUGUCUUACACAUGACGGCGACAAAUUCUGGCUUGUAUAUACAGAUGUGAAGCGCAAAGAUGGUUCCUUCAAGGACACACACAACUAUAUUGUCAGCGCUCCAUCGAUUGAGGGACCUUGGUCUGAUCCCGUUUAUGUCAAUUCUUCCGGGUUUGACCCUUCUCUAUUUCACGACGACGAUGGUAAGAAGUGGUUCAUAAAUAUGCUACAGGACCAUCGGCGCCGACCCCGUUCUUUUGCGGGGAUCGUCCUGCAAGAGUUUGACCCUGCGGCGGGCAAGUUAGUUGGCCCGAAGAAAAACAUCUUCCGUGGAACGGAGCUAGACCUUGUCGAAGGACCACAUCUCUACAAGAGGAAUGGAUGGUAUUAUCUUUUGACGGCCGAGGGUGGGACAGCUUAUCACCACGCAUGCACGCUGGCCCGUUCCCGCGAUAUUUGGGGUCCAUACGACGUGCAUCCACAGAAGCAUAUUCUCACCUCCAAGGAUGCCCCGUUUGCCGCUCUGCAGAGAGCCGGCCAUGGUGACAUUGUAGAUACACCCGAGGGGCGGACAUAUCUCGUACACUUGGCAGGUCGACCAAUAACUCAGGAGCGUCGCUGUGUCCUCGGUCGCGAAACUUCCAUUCAAGAAGCCUUUUGGAAAGAUGACUGGCUAUUCGUGAAGAAUGGUCCUGUUCCUUCGCUCUACGUUGAUGUCCCUGGAGUGCGUGACGACACCCAAUACUGGGCGGAGCAAAGAUAUACCUUCGAGGACGGACUACACAAGGACUUGCAGUGGCUGAGGACACCUGAAACAGAGCGCAUUUUUGCUACUCAGGAUGGAAAGCUUGUCUUGUUCGGCCGGGAGACUAUUGGGUCGUGGUUUGAACAGGCAUUGGUCGCGAGACGGCAGACUCACUUCUCUUAUGACGCCGAAACAACGAUCGAUUUCUCACCAACCGACGAGAGGCAAUUUGCAGGACUCACUGCAUACUACUGCCGCUACAACUUCUUCUAUCUUACCGUGACGGCCCAUUCCGACGGCCAAAGAGAGCUACUCAUUUUGACAUCGGAGGGCUCUUGGCCCGACGGCAAACUCACCACACCCCUUGCAGACCCUGUGCAGAUCCCUAAUGAAGGAAAAGUAAGACUGGCGUUAACGAUUCGCGGUCGCGAACUGCAAUUCCUUUACGCGUUACACGGCGAUGAGCUGAAGAAAAUUGGACCGGUUUAUGACGCGUCUAUUCUUUCUGACGAAUGUGGUGGACAUCAGGCCCAUGGGAGCUUCACAGGGGCGUUUGUGGGAGUGGCGUGUUCUGAUGUAAACGGGACCGCGUUACCGGCUACUUUUGAUUAUUUUACGUAUCGUCCCGUCGAAUAUGAGACUGACAGAUAUGAUGUAUAACAGCUUUACGAUAUUUUUGUUCAAAUUAGGCUUAAAUACACAACUAAGUAGGUACCUAUCUACAUCUAUUAAGCUUAUAAUAAGUAAAUAUUUAUAUUGAUGCUUUGAUUGUUA